UUUGAAUCUCCUAUAAAUAUAACCCUAGCUAGUUCUCUCAUCACAAUAAAAUUAUAAGCUAUAGUUUUUAUCUAGAGCCAAAUAUUAUCACUCGAAACCUUAAUUUUAACCCUAGCUAAGAUAUAUAUUUUUUAUUUUAUUUUAUUUUUACUUGAAACCUCAUCUUUACGAAAAGAAUACUUCGAUCUCCAAUCUAUUGUUAACUAAUAUAAAUAUAUAUAUAUAUAUAUAAUAUAUCAUCAUAAGAGAUAUAUAGAAUUUGUAAUUAGAUAUAUGGAAGGAAAGUAUAGGAAUAUUAUUAAUAAUCCAACAAGUUUGCAAACUAGUCCUCGUUUGCAGCCUCCAACUUAUGGAAAUCUAAUAACAGUUUUGAGCAUUGAUGGGGGUGGAAUAAGAGGUCUUAUCCCAGGAACUAUCCUUGCUUUCUUAGAGGAACAAUUACAGAAACUUGAUGGUGAAGAAGCAAGGCUAGCUGAUUAUUUUGAUGUGAUUAGUGGAACAAGCACAGGAGGUCUUGUUACUGCCAUGUUAACUGCCCCUAACCAUAAUAACCGUCCUGUCUUUGCUGCUAAAGAUGUUAAAGAUUUCUAUCUCACACAUUGCCCUAAAAUCUUCCCACAAAAUAGUUGUCCAGUGUUUCCUCACCUUACAAAGAUUGUUAAAGCAUUAUCUGGACCCAAAUAUGAUGGUAAAUAUCUUCAUAAACUUGUGAAAGAAAAGCUUGGUGAAACAAAAUUACAUGAGACUUUGACCAAUGUUGUCAUACCAACAUUUGACAUUGAACAACUCCAACCAACUAUAUUUUCUACCUAUGAGGUGAAGAAAAAUCCAUCGUCAAAUGUUCUUCUGUCAGACAUAUGCAUUGGAACUUCAGCUGCUCCAACUUAUCUUCCUCCACAUUACUUCGAAACGAAAGAUCCCAAUGGAGAAGUUAUUAGAAAAUUUAACCUUAUAGAUGGUGGUGUUGCUGCAAAUAAUCCGACUCUAGUGGCAAUUGGUGAAGUAUCGAAGGAGAUAAUGGGAGGGAGUGAUGCAUUUUUUCCAAUAAAUCCAUUGGAUUAUGCUAGAUUUCUGGUGAUUUCAUUAGGAACUGGGUCACCAAAAAUUGAAAAGAAAUAUAGUGCCCUAGAAGCUGGUAAAUGGGGUUUAUUGAAUUGGUUAACGAGUGGCGGUUCGACCCCAAUUAUUGAUGUAUUUUCUCAUGCAAGUGCUGACAUGGUUGAUCUUCAUCUUUCUGUCGUUUUUCAAGCAUUGAACUCAAACAAACACUACCUUCGCAUCCAGGAUGAUACUCUGACGGGUGACAUGUCAUCAGUAGAUAUAGCUACAAAAAAUAAUUUGGAAGAUCUUGUCAAAGUUGGAGACGAAUUGUUGAAAAAGCCUGUUUCUAGGGUAAAUUUAGAGACUGGUCGUUGCUUUGAGGUUUCUGAUAGUAACCACGAGACUAAUCAAGACGCUCUUAUCAGAGCAACACAAGUUGUUGGCCAUGUCGACCGAUGAAAGUUAGACUCCAUCAACCAGCCGAAGAAGAUCGGUCCUAAAAAUGUUAGCAAUGCUCUAAAGAGCUCGAAUGUGUAGUAGUGUUUUGCAGGACCUGCUGCAACAUCUCUAAUAUUGGUGACUCCAUUCAACAACACUUUGAGUCAACCUUUUUUUACUCAAACUCGACAGAAAUAAUUUUUUGCUGUGGAAGACGAUGAUCUCAAAAAUCAUUCGAGGUCAUUAAUUUGAUGGAUACCUCAAAGGACUAAGAGCUUGUCCCUCAGAGUUUCUCACUAUUGAGAAAACUACAAAAAGAAGGAAUCAAGUUCUUAGAACAGGUGAUGAAUCCUAAAUAUGAAUCGUGGAUAGUCCAUGACCAACUCCUAAUAGGUUGGCUAUAUGGUUCAAUGAUUGAGGGGAUUGUCUCUGAAAUCAUGGGUUGCAACACAACUGCUUAAUUCUAGAAAACACUGCUUAUAUAACUCAAGUACUUGAAAGGAACCAUUCAUCAUGGUCUCCACAUUUUUUCAAGUGAAUCUCUCAAUUUUAUUGGUUUUUUUAUGCCAA